AUGGAUAUGGAUCCACCGCCAGUACCUCCACCACCACCAACACCACCACCUCCCCCGCCUCUCCGACGGUCUUCAACCGAUCCUCGGUUGGCUAACAUACCUCCCCGCCCAUCCCUGAACACAAAUCUACCUCGCCUGUCUUCAGCCCCGAAUUCAUCAUUUUCAACUCCACAGAUUACAUCGCGAUCUACACCCAGUCUUGUACGUCUUGUACAAUCUUCAGCUACGCCAGGAGGCUCUGAAGAUCCGGGAGAGCAAGAUGUUUCUGCCGUGGAAGUUGAUGAGAAUAAUAUCCUAGUCACAUUGUCCAAAUUCAAUGUAUCUCAUUUUAAUAUUCUCAAUCAACAAAAUGAAAAGAGGCGGCUGGACGAGAUUGCUGCUCGAAAUAUUCGAGAGCUUGAGCGGUCAAAGACGAUGAAAACAUAUCCUGCCACGGCCGAGAUGUACCGCGAGCUGAAGAAAAAGAGUGACAGCGAUAUCAUUAAGCUCAACCAUUCCCUUAACCGGCAUCAGUCAAUCUGUCAGAAAAUGACUGCAGAGUUCGCGAAGAACCAGAGUUUUCGCGUGCCUCCGGCUCAGUCUUUAUCUAGAGAGCCAACUUUACAUCCUUUGCCCCCUGGAACCGAAAAUGACGGGAAAGAUGAGAAAAUUGCUAAGCUGGAAGCCAAGGUCCAAGAGCUUCAAAGAGUUUCCGAGAUGAUCGAUAACUCCAUCGAAGACCAUUCAAGCCGAAUGUCGCGCCUACUAAGAGAGACUGGUGCCUUGAUGGCCUGGCGAGUGGCUAUCGAGGGUGGGGAAAGGAAACUGCCUGUGGGGUGUAUCCCUGUUGACAUGGAUCGUGAUAUCAAAGAGGCUAAAGCCGCGUCUAAUGAAGCUCUUCAAAGGGCAAACCUAGUUAGAGGGGAGUUGGCCACGAUAGGGGAGAAACUUAACACCCACAACGCGCGAACCAUUCCUGAUGGCUUGGAACAAGCUCUUACGAGGAUGGACCAAGUUUUCCUGCAGGUACCCUUGUUGCAAGGGCGGCUUGAGAACGCUGAGCAAAUGUUUCACCCUAUUGCAGCCAUUGAAUCGCGCAUUCAAAGCAGCUCAACAGAAAUUGAGGCUCUCAAAUCCAAGGUGGACCAUGCCGACGCUACAGGCAUUGAGCUGAAUAAUAUAUUCAGCAAUUUGAAAAAAGAUCUGGCCGGGACGUUGCGGGAAGCAACGGGUGCUACUAGCAGUAACCAGAGUUCUGAUCAAGGGUCAAACAUUGCGAGCACUAGGGUUGCGGCCCUUGAGGCUCGUCACUCUGUUUUGGAUUCCAAUAUGAAAGACUUAUUGGCACAAGGGGCUACAUGGACCGAGGCACUCACUUCGUUCAAGGUGGCACUCCGCUCAAUCGAAAUGAGAUACGAAAACAUCAGCACAGAGACUUUGGUCAAGCGCAUGGCCCACGCCAUACUUGAAAUGUAUCCUACCUUGCCCCAGGUAGCGGACAAAGUACAGGCUUUGCAGCUUGAACUCGGCGCUAGCCAUCAAUCCCUAACGGAUCGAGUCCACAAAAUAGAGAGUUCAACAAUGGCCGAAGAGAUGGUGGCAAAGGCCAAAACAAUCCUCGAAAGGGAGAUUGUAUCUGUUCGUGAUGAAAUCAACAAGUCGGCAUCCGAGGUCUUGUCAUUGCGGGAUGAAGUCCGACGUUAUGGUCCUGAUAUGGCACAGUUUCGUUCCCGAGUCGAUGUACUUGACAACAAGAUGGUGUCAAUGCCCAGUGUUCUCCGGUCAGAAUCGAAAGAGGCCAGUAAGGAGGCUAUACAGAAGCUUGUCCAGCCAAUAUGCCAAGUCCAAGGAGAGCUUUCCGAAAGAAUCUCGAAACUUUCCGAGUCAAUGUCUAGAAACCUCCGAAAUGUCAAUGACUUGCAUGAAAGUUACAACUCGCUUUCAACCGCUUUCCAAGGGCUGGCAGAUGAUCAUUCGGACGAUGUCAAAGGAUUGACUGAUAAGAGUAAUCAACUGUCAACCGAAUCGAAAACUCUAGCUGGAACUAUGAAUUCACAAUUCGAUCGUCUCUCAGACGAAUAUCAGACACUCAAAUCCUCAUUGCAGGAAAUCCAGGAUUUCACAGAUGAGCUAAAAAUUCUCCAGCCAGUGGAAGAUAUUGCCAAUAUUCGGCGCAUAUUUGAUUCUGCUGAGGAUAUUCAGAGACUGAGCCGCCUGCUUGAAGACAAAAGCAAUAUCAGGCUAGCAGAGCAAACAACUGAAAUGUUGUCCUUGGUGAAGACAGAACUGGAGAAAAUUUCCAAUGUGGCACUUCCCCACGAUCGCGUUUUCGGUAUCGCUAAUGACGGGGCGAACCAUGACUUGCGAAUUCGAGGCUGCUCUACUCUAGCGGCUGCGCCUAUGCCAAUUGUCACGAGCCCCACGAGACCCGAAAUACACACAGAGACGGGAGACAACGAGGAUAGAAACAAAGAGCAGAGGGACAAAGAGAGUAGGGAGAAAAGGAACAGGAAGAAAGAGGCGAAAAAUAAAGAGGAAAGAAUACGGCAUAAUGAAGUCGCCGGUUCCGACAACGACUGUCAGAUUAUCGAGACCGAGCGUUCCUCCACCAUGAUUGAGAGUGACAAGCCAGUAGCUCCAUCGCUUGCUCUUUCUGACCCCUCCAGCUUGCUGAAGAAGAAAAGGAAGAGGGAUGGCAAGCGCUCUCGCGAAGAAAUAGCCUCUAGUGAUGACUUUGCAACUCCGACUCCCUCCACUGGCAGGGAUACUCCCGUGCAUCUACCCAGGUCCGGAAACUCCAGCCUUGCGGGCCAGCCAUUGACGAAGAAGAGCAAAAAGUCGAAGAAGAAAGAGAAACACUGA